CGUGUGUUCUGAUAAGAAGCGCUCAGUCCGAACAAGACUGUGGGUUUGAGCAUUCUAUGUGAGACCCUCGAGUACGCAUAUCGGGAGAUAUCCAACACAACAAAUUUGUAAUGUAACCCAACUCGAUGCGCUCACUCUCUGUACUUGAAUAUAAACGACACUUAGAUCUCAUCGUACCCGCCGUAAGGGUGCUUCGUGGCACCAGAACAUCAGAGCAAGUGUAUCGGAAGAGGCUGUUACAAUUAUCAGCGUUUAACUCUAUUGCACGAUGAAUGAGAUAUCGCCUAGUACUAAAGAGCCUCAGCCGGGGGACCGUGAUCCCAACAAGGAGUCCCGGAUUCUUAUGUGGAUUUGGAACUGUCUUGGCAAAGUUAGCAAUACAGACUACGACCAAUAUCUUAAAGAUGGCGUCGUUCUUUGCCACCUAAUGAACUUCUUGGAAACGAACUCGGUACCAGGAACCAUUGAGGCAGGCACAGAUCAUAAAACAAAACGGGUCAAUAUCGUUCACUUCCUUCGGGCAGCCCAGGCAUACGGCGUUCCACGCGAGCUUUUGUUCGAUCCCGAGGAUCUCCUAUACCUCCGUCAUGUUCCUAGAGUGACACGCUGUCUAUACGCUCUUGGACGAUGUGCCGAAAGCAAACCUGACUAUACAGGUCCGAGGCUAGGCGAAGAACCUGCGGAUCCUCUCAAUAUGGCGACACAACGCAGAGCAGGAAUGCCCGUCGGUGAUGACAUCUAUGUGGCUCACGUAGAUAUUAAGUCGAAGAUUCAACGGCUGCGUCAGCAGGAAGCAGGACAUUUACCCGCACCAAAGACAUUAUCCUUGUACCGAUAGACAUUUAUACAAUAAAAGCCACACGAAGCAACGAGCGGCAGAUAGGUUUUGCAGCUACAGGAUUUUAUAGAUAAAGAACACUGCAAUAGUCCAUUUAUGUCCCGUUCCUCGUUUGCCGUUCCCGCUUCUAUAACCUGAGUUCGGCUUGCGUACAAUGGCAUAGAGGUCGCUGGUUUCGUUUGAUAUUUGGCGAAUCUUGUACUUCGUUUGCAAUGAUGGCCGGGUAUCGAGUCUAGCUCUGGUCAUUUCAACUGUGUACAACUCACCGUGUAAACCUUUUUGUUAGAUCAACUUAGCUGUACAUGGUUAUUUUAUCAAGCUCCGUGUUCCGCCAAUGUUAGAUAACCCUCAAAUAUACAGUGUCUUUUUUGUGUACGAGAUGAAGGUUCAAGCAAUGCGGCAUCAUAAUAGAUCGAAUUCGUUUCAUGUCCAAAAGCAGCAUGUCAUUGAAAUAGCGAUAAUAUUUGCGGUUCAAUAAAGUUCUUGUAAAUA